AUGAUAAUGAAUAAAGAAAACCACUCUUCUUUAAAUGAAUUUAUUCUUUUGGGACUCACAGAUAAUCCCAGUAUACAGCUCCCUCUUUUUGCCAUGUUCCUGCUGGUUUAUGUCAUUACUGUAAUAGGGAAUGUCGGGAUGAUUUUGUUAAUCUGUACUGAUUCCCAGCUUCACAAUCCCAUGUAUUUUUUCCUGGGUAAUUUAUCCUUUGUUGACCUCUGUUACUCCACAACCACUACCCCCCAAAUGCUAGCUGACUUCUUAGCUGACCGUAAAAGGAUAUCAUACAAUGCCUGUGCUUUACAACUCUAUUUAUUUGCAUUCUUUGCUGAUGUAGAGUGUGCAUUGUUGGCUGUGAUGGCCUAUGAUCGGUAUGUAGCUAUCUGUAAUCCACUGCUCUAUACAGUCAUUAUGUCCAAGAAGGUUUGCAAAAGGCUGAUGGCUGUAGCGUAUAUUAUAGGUACAGUGGAUUCAAUUGCGUAUACCUGCUCUACGUUCCAGCUUUCAUUCUGUAGCUCCAACAUCAUCAAUCAUUACUUCUGUGAUAUGCCUCCCCUCUUUGAGCUCUCAUGCUCUGACACUUAUAUCAGUGAGAUUGUGGUGUUUGUCUUUGAUGGCUAUGUUGAAGCAGGCAGCCUUGGAAUUAUUCUUGUUUCCUAUAUAUUCAUCUUGACCACCAUUAUAAGAAUGCGCUCUGCUGAAGGUAGACAGAAAGCCUUUUCCACCUGUACCUCCCACCUGACAAUUGUUGGGAUGUUCCAUGGAUCAGCACUUUUCAUGUAUCUUCAACCCAGCUCUAGCCACUCAAUGGAAAAAGACAAAUGGAUCUCAGUAUUCUAUGCAGCAGUAAUCCCCAUGCUAAACCCCCUUAUCUACAGUCUUAGGAACAAAGAUGUGAAACAUGCCCUGACAAAAGCACUUUGUAAGAUAGGACUUUUUAAAAAGAAUGGUAUUGCUUCAAAUUAG